AUGGCGGACGACAUGUCAAGUCAUUACCAGGUGAUGGAGGAGUUAGGCAGUGGCAGUUUUGGUGUUGUCUACAAAGCCAUUGACAAGACUGACGGCGAGAUCGUGGCGAUCAAACACAUUGAUCUCGAGUCCAGCGAGGAUGAUAUCCAGGAAAUUCAACAGGAAAUUUCAGUUUUGGCUACCUGCGCUAGCGCCUACGUUACACAAUACAAAGCCAGUUUCCUCAAGGGGCACAAGCUAUGGAUUGUGAUGGAAUACCUUGGGGGUGGCUCUUGCUUGGACUUGUUAAAACCAGGAUGUUUCAACGAAGCGCAUGUGGCUAUCGUCUGCCGAGAACUCCUCCAGGGCUUGGAUUACUUGCACAGCGAAGGCAAGAUACACCGUGACGUCAAAGCCGCCAACGUCCUUCUUUCUCAGACUGGAAAAGUGAAGCUGGCAGACUUUGGAGUGGCAGCCCAGCUAGUCAAUAUCAAGUCGCAGCGCAAUACAUUCGUCGGCACUCCAUUCUGGAUGGCACCGGAGGUUAUCCAGCAGGCUGGAUACGACUUCAAGGCCGACAUUUGGUCAUUGGGCAUUACGGCAAUUGAAAUGAUCAACGGCGAACCCCCACAUGCUAGCACACACCCUAUGAAAGUGCUGUUCCUCAUUCCAAAAAACCCUGCGCCUCGCCUGGAGGGUAAUGACUACAGCAACACAUUCAAGGACUUCAUUGCACUAUGUUUGACCAAAGACCCCGACCUGCGCCCCAGCGCAAAGGAGCUGUUAAGACACAAAUUCAUCCGAAAUGCGGGCAAGGUGGAGGCCCUCCAGGAGCUUAUUCAUCGCAAGCAGGACUGGGAUGGAAACCGAACUGAGCCCAAGGAUCCAAGGUACUAUGCCGAGUCUCUCAACACAAUGAGUAGGCUCGAUAAUGACGAUGAGGAUGAUUGGGUCUUCGAUACUGUCAAGGCUCCUCCCAUGUGGAAGCCCAAGGGAGGCACCGAUUGGAUGACAUUCGACGAGGAAGACGAGAACUUGCCUGGCCCUGCACAGAUGAUGGAGGACUUGCACAUCACUCACCCGCCCGCGCCUCCACCUAGACACCAGGCCAACUCCACCGUUAGACGAGCUCCUGCCGAUCGAACUCCUAGCGACCGAAUUCCUACCGAUCGAUCUCCAUCUAUCCGACGGGCAAAUACCAAGCGCCGCUCAAGUGGUAUCAAACAGCCACUUGGUCUGGAUCUGAGCUAUGGAAACAGCCCAUCUACUGUUCGGCAAUUCCGCCGUGUCUCAGACAAGGCCAUCAACGAGCCGAGCCCGAAGGCAGUUAAACAAGCCUAUGAUGAAAAUUCCAGCCCCAAGAGCGUGUCAACAGACUCAUCAACCAAAGAAGCUCAAAUCGGCCGACGUGCAUACAGCAAAGCUGUAGGACUUUCAUGUCAAGAAGUCUUAUCGACCACUGGCGACGGCGAUAAGCGCGAGGCCAUUUCCAGACUUGCCGAAGCCUGGAGCGACCUGGAAAUGGUCGACCCAGAAGGCCUGUACCACAUCGUCAGGAUAAUGAACGAGAAGCUCCAAGCCGACUCUCGUCUCUCCACCCUCCUCCCGUCCACACAACCGGACUCCCCAUCUCGUCCACGCCUUGUCCUGGCCCAAAACAACCCCCACCUGAAGAGUCACCGCCGCCGCCAAUCAUACGUCCCCGACCCCCAAUCCACUCCACCAAAAGUCGGAGGCCAGCCGGCUCCCGGCAUGGAACACACAAAGCAGCUCACUGAUGUUCUCUACUCGCGGUGGUCGGAAGCUCUCCGCAACCGAUACAGCGGCUAG